AACCACUGCACCACGACGGGAACUCCAGAAUUUAAAGAUUUUAAAUUCAGAGGCUGCCUAGAAAAAAAACGUUGCCAAGAGAUUCUUAAAUCUGCUAGAGUGAAGGAAUGAAUUCCAUGAGCCAUGAACAUAUAUGCUCUUGCAGUAUGUCUUCUUAAGUAAUAAGUUAAUCAGAAUCCAAAGGAUUUCAGCAUUACUGUCUUUGUGGGUUCUGUGAACUGGGAAGGAGGGGCCUGGGUCAGUGGAAUGAUGUCUCAGACACUGCUUGGGGCCAUGAACAGUUGUUAAAAUGGCAACAUUUUGACAGCAUAAUCUUGCUUAAUUCUGGCUUAGUGUGACUCUUCCUUUUUUUUUUUUUUUAAAGUUGAUGAAUUCAACAUUGAGCUAAAUUCUGCAUUGUCAAGCAGAUGACUAAAAUGAUUUGAGGAAGGAUUUGACUUAGCUUUGGUCCACCACGUAUGAGCCUGGGCCACUUACAUAAAAGAACCCUUUUUUCUCCAGACUAGCAGAAAUUGCUAAUUAUCAUCUUGCCUCUUAAAUCCCAAAAGUGACUACUUUGUCCCGGGGUUGUGGUGCUAUUUGUCAGGCAUGGCAAAAAAGUGAACACAUCUUCCUGGGAAUGCCUGCAUUUGCCAACUCAGCUUCUUUUUCUCCCCAUCCCCCAAAUCUUUGUGCUCAAUGAGGGUUGGUCAGGGACGAGGGGGCACAAGGAGAUCAGUGAGAAAGAAGCCAUUCUCAGCCAUCACUUGGUUGGCGUAUAAUGAUGUGCUUGGUGUAAUGUUUGGGGUUUAAUGCUGCCUUCCAUACAGGAAUUUAUAAUCUUGUGAGAAGAUAAAAGUAGACAAAUGGUGAUCAGAAACACUUGUCUUGAGGAGCAUCCAUAAAAGGAUGGUUCAUUAGGUUCCAAGGAAAUGGGGACGCCGAGGAUGCAAUUUUGAUACUUCAGAUUGAACUUUCACAAGAUUACUUUUCAAUUUCUAAUAAUUUUGUUGCAGUUCCACUUAUUCACAGAUGGCGGCUAAUGAGUAGAAAGGUGGACUGUUGGCUUAGUGCAUUAGAGCACGGGUUCUUGUCUGUUUUGCUCAUGGCAGUAUCACUGGUGCCUGGCACACUAUGGGUGUUCAGUAGGUGUGGAAUGAAUGAAUGAAUAAGUACGUUUAUGCCAUGUUCUCCUUCUGUAGAGCUGCAGGUGUCCCUCUUUCUUGUUAGGUAGGUUCAGACUAGAGAAGCCCAGGAGGGACUGAGGAUGCCCUUUCCUCCAGUGUGAUAGGUGGUCGGCGGUUGCCAGGGGAACCCAGGAAAGGAAAGGAGGGCCUUGAAAGCAGCAUCUUCCCUCUUCUGAGAGCUGGGGACGGUGGGGGCUGUGCCUCUGUGUCCAGGCCUGCCUGUCUGGCAGUUUGGCCUGUGUGUGAGGGUGGUAGCAAGGCAUGGAAUAGACAGGACAACCACAUCUUGAGAAUACAUAUUUGCUGAAGAAUGGCUCCCCGAUCCAAACACCUGCAGCAGCAGAAGCCACUUCACCCCUCUUUUCUCCAGAGCAAUGAGGCUGUGGUGUGUGUGUGUGUACUUCCAGGAAAUGGCCCAGCUGGCUGGGCUCAUUCAUUUCCUUGUCGGGAAAGUCGAUGUGACCUUGACCGUCAGUGGGAGACAUUGUGUGUCUGGCCAGAUUCUCAAAUGAUUGAAAAGUACUUUUGGCAACUCACCUCGCUGUCGGUAUUAUAUGCUGCUUAUUGUCCUUGGUGCAGGUGAAAGAUACUAAUUUGCAAGAGUCAUUUCUGAUUUACCUGGGUCUGCCCAGCACAGUGCCAGUCCCACGGGGGCUCUCAAUAAAUAUCACUGAAAGAAAAUUGCUGCAGAAAAUAAAAAAGAUGAGACGUACUUGCUUUGAGUGAUGGAAAUAGAAUUAAUUUGCAGCCUCAGAAGUUAUUAGAAAGUAACUUUGGGCUUAUAAAGUUCCUCUGAAGACUACGCUCCUUUGAGAGUCAUUACUUCAAGUCCAAAUCCAGGCACAGACUGUUGCUAGUGUUGUCUUUAGUAGAGGGUUCGGGGCUGGAGAGAGUGGCUGACACCUGCUGUUUCGGGAAGGGUGGCCAGAUGAGAGCUGGCUUACACCACUGACUGGGAAAAGUCAGAUGAGGACGCCAACCCCAGGGCCUUUGCUUCUUUUGCAAAAGCUUGCUGUUAGAGAGCCAUUUUCUCCAUAAACUGAGCUUAGGACAAAUCUAAGGUGGUGAACUUUUCAGAAGCAGGGGUUGGGUUUAAAUAUAGACCAUCUGCUUCACUGGCAACUUGGAGGCUGUGGUGGGACUUGUUGUACCUUUUGUAAGACAAGUGAGGAAAGAUGUUGGCACCUGUACAUGCUGGGUUUGUUUAUGAAAUAUAAACUCUCCUGUCGGAGCGAGGGCUCGAGAGGUCAGCAGCCAAGGUAGCAUGUCCUACCUUAACUGGGGAAAAGGUGCCCCUCCAAGCCCUCUUUUUGAAUUGCAUCCAUUUCUAGAGAAAGUGGGAACAGCCAUAGUGCACUGUUAUUUAUUGCGCAGCAGCUCUGGCAGGGGUGGGGGUGAAAAAGUUUCUCUGAAACUGACAGCCACUGGGCUUCAUUUUCUUUCCCAAGGAAGAGAGACAAUACCUUGGGAGCUAUUAGAAUCCGGUCAUUAUUCAGAGAAACAUAGCUCUUUUCAGCCUUAGAGACCUGAUUUAUGUACAGCCCAGGCUGCUCAGAGCUGAGGGGAGCUGAUGGGAAGCGGGCGUUGCAGGCUCCAGCCCUAGGUGGGUCCAGGGCUGGCGGCGUAGGUUUGCAGCACAUCCUUCUCAGUAUUCCACAGCAGCUGUCUGGAGUUUUUUCUGCCGUGCCUGAACUGAUGUCAUUUCCCCCUUGGCAGACAGCUUCAGCUUUGCUGCGUCUGAGAUAUGUCACGAGAAGGUGGGGGUGGGUCGGAGCCAGGCGGUGGGGGGGGGAGCAGCGAGGAGAGCAGGAGGGAGAGUGCCUGCUUGGGCCCAGGACUCUGUUUACUUUCUCUUCUUUGCUAAGGAAGGCGGGUUAAUCGGGACUGCUGAGCACCAGGCCCACCAGGGCUCGUGCUCUUUCCAAGACCGUAACUUUUAAAAAGCCCUUUGUUCCCAACGUUAGUGUGGACGAUGCUCUUGCAGGAUGCCUUUCCUUUUGGGUCUUAGACAGGAUAAGGAAACCUGCGUGGGUACCAACAAUCAAAGCUACAUCUGUGACACAGGACACUGCUGUGGACAGUCUCAGUGCUGCAACUACUACUAUGAACUCUGGUGGUUCUGGCUGGUGUGGACCAUCAUCAUCAUCCUGAGCUGCUGCUGUGUCUGCCACCACCGCCGAGCCAAGCACCGCCUUCAGGCCCAACAGCGGCAACAUGAAAUCAACCUGAUCGCCUACCGGGAAGCCCACAAUUACUCAGCGCUGCCGUUUUAUUUCAGGUUUUUGCCAAACUAUUUACUACCUCCUUAUGAGGAAGUGGUGAACCGACCUCCAACUCCUCCCCCACCAUACAGUGCCUUCCAGCUACAGCAGCAGCAGCUGCCCGCACAGUGCGGCCCUGCAGGUGGCAGCCCCCCAGGCGCCGACCCCACCAGGGGCUCCCAGGGGGCACAGAGCAGCCCCUUGUCUGGGCCCAGCAGAAGCAGCACGAGACCCCCAAGCAUCGCUGACCCUGAGCCCUCCGACGUGCCAGCAGACCCUGCAGCCACCAAAGCCCCUGGAAUGGAGCCCAGCGGCUCUGGGGCCGGCCUGGGGGCGGUAGACCCCGGGGCCUUCCUGGACAAGGAUUCCGAAUGUAAGGAGGAGCUACUGAAAGAGCACAGCUCCGAGCAGGGCAGCGCCCUCCCUGACAGCAAAGACAAGACGCCAGGCAGACAUCGCCGCUUCACGGGUGACUCGGGCAUCGAGGUGUGCGUGUGCAACCGGGGCCACCAUGAUGAUGACCUCAAAGAGUUCAACGCACUCAUCGAUGACGCUCUGGACGGGCCCCUGGACUUCUGCGACAGCUGCCACGUGCGGCCCCCCGGCGACGAGGAGGAAGGGCUCUGCCAGCCCUCCGAGGAGCAGGCCCAAGAGCCCGGGCACCCCCACCUACCACGGCCGCCCGCCUGCCUGCUGCUGAACACCAUCAACGAGCAGGACUCCCCAAACUCCCAGAGCAGCAGCUCCCCCAGCUAGAGCAGGCCCUGCCUGCGCCUGACAACUUGGCGAAGCAAUCAGGGUAGGGGAGAACCACGAGAGAAGCAUUAAACGACUGUGCCCUUUUUCCCCUCCUCUGCUCCUGCAUUUUCCUGCAUCUCCAGGUACAGUUGGGGAAGUGGGUGCCUCGCCCCCCCACAGAAGCACAGUGUGGUGGAGGGCCGAGAAGCUGUUCCAGGACUCAUUCCUCAGACCCCACUCCACCCCACCCCCCUUUACCUCUUUGCAAGUCAUGUCUCCCUGCCUGCUUGGGUCAGAGAGAUGUGUGUUUCAGAAGCCCCCGAGGCACGGGGCGAGACUCUGCCCCGAGAGACUCUUGGUGAUGGAGUGGAUUCACGUCCUGGUGUUAGUUGUAGAGAACCUCACCGUGUCUCAGUCCACGAGAGGCGGCAGGGCUCUGGGUGAAGAAGGAAGCCCACAGAGGCCCAGGGACUGCUGCCCUGACUGCCAGUGUCUGCAGAGCUGGAACUGGGCUCCUGUGGGAGGCUGCGAACCGAUAGGCAGUCGUGUGGUCGGUUGGCAAGGGGGCUUGUUGCGCUCUCAAGUUCAAGGUGAUGAGAUUGAGGCGCCACCUCGCAUCCUGGAGGGGCCCCUUCCCAGCAGGUCUGGCUGGCCGCAGACUGGUCCAGGUGUGGAAGGUUAUACCCACCUUCUCUUUGUUGUUUUUUUUUUUUUUCUUAAAAAAAAAGAGAAAAAAAAAAAUCAAAAGCGAGCUGAAAACAAGAACUUGACCAGUGGGCAGACAAGAAUUCUGCUUUGGAAAAGGGAAGUUUAUGGCUCUUUCCCAACUUGACCUUCAAAGAGCCUAGCUACAGUCGAGCCAGUUUUGUGUGCAGGCUUGGUGGGGGGCUGUCUCUGGAACGCCUGUGAGUGAGCAGGAGGCCCUGCGCUGCAGCAGUGGAUGGAGGCGCAGCUUUCCGCAUCUCUGCCCUUUGAUCUGUGCCCACAGGUGACCAGUGCCCUCCCCCAUCCCAGGCACACUGUCUGCUGGCCUUCACUGUUCUCUAUGAACAAAGGAGGAGGCUGUGGGUCCUGAGAGAGGGUGGCCCCACAGCCUGGCUCUCACGCAGUAUUUUCUCUUGAUUCUGAAUCCGUUGUUUUGUUUCUUUGUUGCUUUUUUCAAACUGACCACUUGGGGAAAAACAUGCUUUGGUUAUCUGUGGAUUUUGUGCCCUUUCUCUGCUCCACCCCACCCUGGAGUGGGGUAGCUAAUUUUUGUAGCCUAUGUAAAGGGUCUAAGUGGCCCAGGCAGGAGGGUGGAGGCAGCCAUCCCGAAGGACCCCAGGAUCCUGAUUAACUAUAGUUUGGCUUCAGAUAACCAGUUGAGCUUCGAGAGAAUAAUCUGAGUGGAGAAAGCGAACUGCCGAAGCUAACAUUCCCUGUCCAGCCCUGUUCCUGUGAAGAGUUUGGUUCUUCUCCCACUCUUGAACGAUGAUAUUCAGACUAGCCAUUGAUGUUAUGUUAAGAAAGGAAGGUGUGUAUCUCUCUCUAUAUGUAUAUAUAUGAAUACACACGUAUGUGUGUGUGUGUGUGUAUAUAUAUAUAUAUAUAUAUAUAUAUACAUAUAUGUGUGUAUAUAUACACACACACACACACAACAGACAAAUCCAAGGCUGUGAGGUGACUGAGUGUCUGUGUUUGGAGUCCACAAAACCAAAAUCCACGUCGAACAUCGUGCAUUCUGUAUACAGUGACUUUUUGGAUAACCUGUGUGUGUCUGUCCGUUGUGCGUGAGCCCCUAGCCCUGUUUUCCUGUGAAUAUACCUUGAACGGCAGCCACUCUGCUCCCGUUACCCACACGUUUGGAGCAGGGGGCGGCCCUCUCGAGGUAAUUUAUUUUACGCAUUUACUGUUUACUGAGCAAAUGUCUGACUGUGCACUCGGGUGUACUCAGCAGCGCUGUCGACCGCAGUCCCUACGUUUGCCAGAUACUGUGCUCCAAGUAGAGGUUUUACUCUACCCAUCACUGCAAUUUGCACAUUGCUCCGUGGACACUCGGAGGCCUGUGUUCUGUUCCCUGAAAGCGGAAACGUGCUCUGAGCCUGUCUGCCUCCCUCGGCUGCUCCUGGCCCUUGGUGUCAGCCCCCGGGGGUGUCCACAACCACACGGGACAGAAGGCCAAGGGUGGAACCUCAGACAGAAGCCGAAUUGGAUCUUCUUCAGUGACCAGCUCGGACUGGCUGUGGCCCAGACGCCGGCCCUGCCCAGAAGUGCCAGGAGGGUUUGGCGGCCACCACAGUGCCAUAGGGCUUCCCUCCCUCUGCUGAGGUCCAGGGCAUGCGAGCGAGCACGCCCGUGUGUGGCAGAAGUGGGCAGGAGUGCGCUGGCAGCCCUCAGAUGCCUUUCCUUCAAUCUUUUUUUUUUUUUUUUUUUAAAUCCCAACAACUCCCUGAAGUGUCUCAAAAGAGAUCAAGUUUUACCAAAAUGAACCCUGCUUCAGUUAACUGGUCAAAUGGAUGUAUUCUGGCCCUCUCAAGUUUCCUUCUCCAACAGAGUGGGGAACUGGUCCACGCGUUACCUGCUGGGUUCACUGCAGCGUCCCACCCGAAAGGCACGAGAAGAAGAAAACGCAGCGGGCAGAGCUGGGCUUGAGUCCAGCCGUCAGUCUGGCCCCUGCUACACGAGGCUACCCUGCACGACGAAAGCUGGAAAUAGGAAUUGAAGGGCUCGUGAGGGGGCCUGGGAGAUUCGAUGGAGUCUGGUUUUCCAGGCGAGAGGGGCUGGUCGAGGGUUUGGUGCUACAGUCGGAAGAUUUGCAAAUGCUAACACAUUCCUGUGUGAGGCACAUCACCCUUUGUCAGUUAUUGUGAAUAUGUGUAUUUUAAGCAAUAAGAUUCAGCUGGUCAGACUUUUCUGGGCAGUCUCGGUGACGCAUUUCCCGUGCUGUGAUUGUUCUGAAGACAGAGUGGCUCUUAACCACUGUGAGAAGCCCAAAUAAAAUCCAUCCCCAAAACUCGA